AUGACUCAGUAUCGGAGGAGGGUUCCUUUGCGUCAGAAGCCGAGAAAGAAAACUCAAGGUUUUUUCAGCAUGAGUCGGAGGAGGAUAUCAUGCAAAGACCUGGGACAUGCUGACUGCCAAGGGUGGCUGUUUAAGAAAAAGGAAAAGGGAACGUUCCUGAGCAACAAAUGGAAAAAGUUCUGGGUGGUGCUGAAGGGCUCGUCGCUAUAUUGGUACAGCAGUCAGAUGGCAGAGAAAGCUGAUGGAUUUGUCAACCUGCCCGACUUCACUGUGGAAAGAGCAGUGGAAUGCAAGAAAAAGCAUGCAUUUAAGAUCAGUCAUCCUCAGGUGAAGACCUUUUAUUUUGCAGCUGAGAAUGUGCAGGAGAUGAACGUGUGGCUAAAUAAGCUGGGAUUAUCUGUAAUCCAUCAGGAACCCACUACAAAGGAUGAAGAGUGCUACAGUGAGAGUGAGCAGGAAGACCCUGAAAUUGCUGUGGAGACACCACCCCCUCCUUACACUUCAGAGACUUCAGAGACGCCGUCCUCUUCAGCUGCACAGCAGGCAUCCUCAUCCUCACCCAACCUGAGUGAAGCUUCGUGUUCUUUCUCGUCCCUGGAAAAUGCAACAAAGACACCUGGCAGUGCGUCUUCAUCCUACCGGAAGGAGAGACAGUCCUGGAUUGACAUAGUUAACAGUGCAUCAUCGGCCACAGAGGAUGGGGACCAGUCUGUAACAUUCGCUCUGCAGAUCCACUCGCCUGCACCCUCAGAGGCAAACAGCCGUAAGGACGUGGAGAACAGCUUUGCCACAGCAGAAAGUGGAUUUUUGAGUUCUUUAUCCAGUGAUGACACUUCUUUGAGUAGCAACCUAGACCAUCUUACUGUCCCAGACAAGCCUACUGGAUCAAAGACGAUGGAUAAAGAAGAAACCAAAGUACCUGAAGAUGAUGAAAUGGAAAAGCUCUACAAAUCAUUAGAACAAGCUAGUCUAUCUCCUCUUGGUGACCGACGACCUUCAACCAAAAAGGAGUUGAGAAAAUCCUUCGUUAAGCGGUGCAAAAAUCCAUCCAUAAAUGAGAAACUCCACAAAAUCCGGACUUUGAAUAGCACUUUGAAGUGUAAAGAACAUGACUUGGCCAUGAUUAACCAGCUGCUGGAUGACCCAAAGCUGACCGCUAGAAAAUACCGGGAGUGGAAGGUCAUGAACACCCUGCUGAUCCAGGACAUCUACCAGCAGCACCGGGUGCCCGAAUCUGCCCUGGAAGGCACCCCCCAGUGACUUGACACCCCUCCUCUGCCUCUCUGGAAAACUCUGUUUCAGGAGGAGCCAGGA